AUUCCUUUCAUCGAUCCAAACUGAGAUCGACCAUGAGAGAAAUAUUUAAAUGCGAAAUCGCCUCGCUGCUCCCAAAAAUGUGUGAGAGAGGUAUUUGCAUGGUUAGGAUCUAGAGGGAAUUAUUGUUUGCAUAACACGGGAUCCGCGAAUCUCCAAACAGAGAAGCUCCGAGGAAGGUGGCGGAUGUCGCGAGCGUUCGUUACUUUUUCCAUUGCUUUCUCCCUUCUUCUUUACGAUACUGUCUCCUCCUCUCGUCUCUCCCUCCCUCCUCCCUCUUUGGUUUCCAUAGAUAUUUGCCGCUUUCGGCAUUGUUGGAGACUCCAAAGCUUUCCCAAUCUCAACCGGUGUCCGGCCGGCCAUUUUCUCAAACUUCUCGAUUCCGGAGUCCCUCGAUCGAUUCAAAGUUCUCACCUUUCCCCCAAAAUUUGAUCCAAAAUCGCACCUUUCCAACUCGUAAGAGCCAAUAUUUCUCAAAAAGUUGGAGCCUUUUUCCAUGGAGCUCGUCACGGAGGACCCGGCGGCGGAGGACGAGGAGCUGGAGAUGGGGAGCCCCACUCGAGGGCCCCGCCACUACCGGAGCCAUUUCCCCGGCGCCGUCCGGAAAAAAGCCUACCUCUUCGACGGCCACGGCAACUUCUUCACCAAGGAAUGGGACCUCCGAGAGGGCAGCGGCCGAGAAUUCUGCUGGUACCACGUCGAGUUCCCCAAGAGCAACCAGAAGCUCGCCAUCUCCGCCGAAUACCUCAUCGACGUCCUCUGCCCGCCAUUAAAACUCCAGGACAUUCUCACCCUCGUCAGCAACGGCCCCUUCUGCGGCCACGUCGAUGGCGCCCUCGUGUUCCGGGUGAACUCCCCUGGCCCGGCGUCCAGCAACUUCACCCUCCGGCUCGCGGCGAGGGUCACCGAGAACUCGGUGAUCACCGUGAGCCUGGGACGGGUGCCGAGGCUGGGAUUUUCGCAGACCGAGCAGUCGUUGCUGUCGGAGAUACCAAGCGUCGAAAGCCCAAUCCAGCGUGUGCUGAGGGAUGAGGAGAUUGGUGGUUCAAGUAGCAUUGUGAUUGGCGAGCAUGUGCUUGAGUUCUUGCUCACAAUGAAUCAUUCGGAGGAGGCCGAUAAUCCCGUGCCGGAGACUGUUUCGAAUCUCAUUGUGCACAUUGUUGACACACAUAUUGAUCAGGUGCAGGAUAUAGUGACAAAGCUUGAGAUGGAAUUGGAUUCGAUGGAGCUGGAAUUGGACAAAGGUGGAACCACACAUAGGAAACAAUUGUUGGACGACAGAAGAUUUCCAAAAAUGCAUUUGAAUUUGCAGCGCCUCUUACAGGUUGUUGCUCAUGGCGAGCAAGUGUUUCCACGUGUAAAAGAAAAGUGUGCAGCUAAAAGUUGGUUUGCAAAUGAAGACAUUGUUGCGCUUGAAGAACUAAUAGGUCGUCUUAGGAGGUUGAAAGAGAACUUGGGAUUCAUAGUUAAUCGGGUAACAGCAAUUCAGGCUGGUCUUGAUAGCUGGCAGUCAGAGCAAAUAAACAGGAAGCUUUACUAUCUUUCUUUUCUCUCGAUGAUCUUUCUUCCACUAUCUAUUGUUACCGGAGUAUUUGGGAUGAAUGUUGGGGGUGUACCAUGGACAGGGCAAAGAGACCCUGAUUUGAAAGAUGGAUUUCGUAAUGUUAUGAUUCUCUGCGCUGUAUUGCUGUUUCUACUUCUAGUUUGCUUCACUUUUCCUUUUAUCUAUGCACACAUUUCAUCUUGGAGUAGGCAUGAUGCACUGAAAAGGAGUUGCUCUAUUGGUCGAAAGUCAUUCCCGAGAAAAACCCUUCAUCGAGAGGGAUUUCAGGGAGGAGGCUACAUCCCCAUCUGAGAAGCGAACUUGAGGGAAUCUUGCAUCUCUUGCCCACUGCAGAAGUGGUUUCUUGUAAAGGCCAUUGCGUCAAACAGACAUUCAAUGCCCUUGUGAUAUAUAGAGUUAUCCAAUUUGUCUGAAUUGAAGACAAUGGCACAUACAUAGAGAUAAUUCUUGCAUUGGAAGAUUGCAGCCCGCUGACAGGGGUCCGGAGUAGUUGGAUAGAGGUGUACAGUUCCUAGCAUAGCCAGAAGCACCAUUGGUUGAAGCCACCAUUUUUUUCAUCUAUUCAUUGUUUCUUGGUUGCAGAACUCUGCACAGCUUCAGAUAUUAUUCAAUUGAAAGCUCAGAUAUCUUUCGUCAAAAGCUAAAAAAAAAUUAAAAAGAAGGUAAGAUAUCUGAUGACAAGUGAAAUCGGCAUUUACAUGUCUUGCCUUGAGUUUGAGAUUAGAUAUAUGGUGUUGUAUUGUCCGACAUCCACACAGUUUGACUAUAGCUACUAAUACAAAGCAGCGUUUCGUA